AUGAAACAUAGUCAGGUUAUGAUGUAAAGUGUCAAAACAUUUAAGAAACGUAAAUAAAAUGUUUUUAAGGUGAUAUAAAAGUGAAAUAAAAAGAAUUUAAUAAAUUUAAAAUUUUCAAAACAAUAGUAAAAUGAAUUAAAUAGUUUUUUUAAUAUUAGGCAUGAUUAAAAAUGAAAAACAUUAUAAUACACAUUAUUCUUUUUGCCACAUUUCUGUGUGUUACCUGUGAAACUGACUGUAAUUCCUUAUUAAUGGGGCAAUACAUUUGCCCUAAUCCAGAAUACGAUUUAAUUGAUCCCAAAACGCAGCAACUUAAAGGUUGCACAAAGGAAAAAAAAUCAAAGGUUCCAUGCCUAGCUGCUGAGGGAAUUACGUGCCUAGAAUCCCAUAACUCCACUUUUUAUAAGGAUUUUGAUUGUAAAUGGACCAAUGGAUACCAUUUCGAUACAGCCCUACUCCUAUCAAUAUUCUUUGGUAUGUUUGGUUUAGAUAGAUUCUAUUUGGGUUAUCCAGCAAUAGGCCUAGCAAAAUUCUUCACACUGGGUUUUAUGUUUUUGGGACAGUUAAUCGAUAUUAUUCUGAUUGCCACACAAGUAGUUGGUCCUGCUGAUGGUUCAUCAUAUGUUAUGCCUUUCUUUGGACCUGCCGUUGAAGUUAUACGCAGCACCAAUUCCACAUUCAGGUUAAAUCCAGAGGAAUGUGUUGAUUAUCCCAAGCCAUUGGAAGGAAAAUUGUCAUUAAACAAUAAGUUGGAAUAUUCAGAAAAGUGGCUUAAAGGUAGUUUAUAUGGUCCAGAGUCUUUUGCUUCUUGGAAUGGGACAUUGUACGCUUCAAUCCAUGGUGGGUAUGUGGUAAAUAUUACAGGUAAUAAGGUGGUCCCUAUAGUAAAACUGGGAAAACCUUGUGAGGAAGAUUUUGAGGAGAAAAUUUGCGGAAGACCUUUGGGAAUGCAGUUUGAUAAAAAUGGAAGUUUGAUUGUAGCUGACCCAUAUUAUGGAAUUUUUAAAGUAAAUAUUCAAUCAGGUAAAAAAAUUAAUUUGGUGUCUACAGAUAUUGAAAUUAACGGAUAUAAACCAAAAAUUCCCAAUUCUGUAGCUGUAGCAAGUAAUGGUGAUAUUUUUUGGACUGAUUCAUCCACUGAUUUUUUGUUACAAGAUGGAAUAUAUGCAGUUCUUUCUGAUGGAAGUGGAAGAUAA